CAGACAAUAUGUUAGCGGAGACGCUAACAGCUAAUCUCACUCUGCACGGCGGCAUCGGCCCUUUCCACAACGACCUGUGAGGAACAACUGUCCGAAACUACACCAACUAAACGCGGAAGAUCAUGCCUCGGGUGUACAUCGGGCGACUGAGCUAUAAUGUCCGCGAAAAAGACAUCCAGCGAUUUUUCAGCGGAUAUGGGAAACUCAUGGAAGUCGAUCUAAAGAACGGCUAUGGAUUCGUGGAGUUUGAAGAUAACCGGGACGCCGACGAUGCCGUGUAUGAGCUGAACGGGAAGGAGCUGUGCGGGGAGCGGGUGAUCGUGGAACAUGCCCGCGGGCCGCGGCGAGACCGAGAUGGCCAGAGUGGGGGUUACGGAGGAGGAGGCGGCGGCGGAGGAGGAGGCGGCGGUGGUGGUGGUGGUGGCGGCGGCGGCGGCGGAAGUGGUGGGCGCAGUAGUGGUUACAGCAGCCGGACCCACACUGGCAGGGAGAAGUAUGGACCCCCAGUCCGUACUGAGUACCGUCUCGUCGUGGAGAACUUGUCUAGCCGCUGCAGUUGGCAAGACCUAAAGGACUUCAUGCGCCAGGCGGGGGAAGUGACCUAUGCAGACGCCCACAAAGAGCGCACCAAUGAGGGAGUGAUCGAGUUCCGCUCUCAAUCGGACAUGAAGAGGGCACUGGACAAGCUGGACGGAACAGACAUCAACGGGCGGAAGAUUCGUCUUGUGGAGGAACGACCCCGUAAACGAAGAUCCUGCUCUGGCAGUCGCUCCAGAUCUCGCAGUCGCCGCCGCUCCCGUAGUAGGAGCCGCAGAAGCCACAGGAGCAGGAGCUCCAGGAGUCGCUCCAGAUCCCACUCAAGGUCUCGUUCCCCUAGCAACAAGAGGAAUCAAUCCGACUCCAGAUCUGGAAGGAAGUCUCGCUCCAAGUCAGGAGAAAGCAAAUCACAUUCUCGCAAUCGCAGGUCACACUCUCGUUCCCGCAAAUCCAAAUCUCAUUCACGCUCCGGCAAGUCCCGCUCCCAUUCAGCUGACCGGAAAUCCAAGUCUCGUUCUAAGAGCCGUUCCAAGGCAAAGUCAGAGCGUGAAUCUCGCAGUCGCUCAAAGGAGAUGCCCGUUGACAAGAAGUCACGCAGUCGAUCAGCUUCCCCAGUAGAGAACGGGAAGGAGGAGCGUGCUGCCAAAUCUGCCUCCCGCUCCCCAUCCCCCCGGGAGGAUGACCGCCGAUCCAAGUCUAUGGAGAAGCGCUCAGUCUCCCGCUCAAAGUCCCGCUCAAGAUCUCGCUCACGAUCUAGAUCAGCUUCUCAAGAUUAGUGGGAUGAGAGAUGGGGGUAAUUCAUCUAAUUGUUGAGCUCCAUCCCUGUGCUGUACAUAACGAGCAGUGUUGUCAUACAGGCUUAUGCUCUCUGACUUGUCUACUUUUCUCCUGCAAGUGUGCACUUGUCUUUAACGCGUUUUAGAUGCAGUUUUAUUAGAGGAUGCACCACAGUGACCAGGCUACCUUUUUUGGACAAACUUGAGUCUCUGAAUCAUCUGCCUCCCAGAUUUAUUUUCAAUCUAUUUUCAGAUAAUAAAGUGCUAGUAUAUAGUCUUCAGAUCUGCAACAUGAGGUAGUUUAAGUCACUUUGUCUCAAACAUCUGACCCUGUUACACCAGUCUCAUAUUUCUGAAGCUGUAAUAGCUAAGCAAAAAUAGUUCUUUAUUGGACUUAAAUCAUCUCAGUUUGCAACAGAUCCUAGCUAAUAAAUGCAUCAUCCAUCAGGCUUUGUUUGAUGCAACCGUUCUGUUUCAUACACUCAACUGCGUAGUUGUGGGAGAAAAGUAGCAUAUGGCCACAGCAUUGGAGAAAGUUCUCUUUUGAUCUGCCGUCUCUUAAUUGCUUUCCAAAAAAAUCUUCGUG